AUGCAGGAGUCCAUGCAGGAGCCCAUGCAGGCGCCCUUCCUGCAGGGAGCAGCAGGGUUCUCGGUUCCCCGGACUCCGCGCCUUUGUGUCGCCGCCCUCCGGCACGCGGACACGGGAAGCGGAAACGCUCCUGCGUUUCUCCCCACGUCAGCGGCGAGCCUCCCACGACCUGCUGCGGCACCCCAGCCAGCCCCCUGCCUCCGCGCCGAGGAAGUCCUGGCGGCCUUUGCAACCGCAGGCCCCUGCGCCUCCCGCCAUCCCCGCGCGAGCCCUCCCGCCUGCUCUCCACGCGCGCCCGCCGACCCCGCGCGUCCUCGCCGCCCACGUCCGCUCCUGCGCGCCCCCGCCGCACGGCUUGCCCGGUCCGGCUCACCUGAAUCGCGGCGUGCAGACCUGGGCGCGUGGGAGAGAAGGCGUCCCUGCACCCCGCCGCGCGGAGCCGCGGCCCGGGAAGGACUCGCGAGCGUAGCGCGGGUCGGAGGCCGCCGGGGUGAGCGCCUGGCCUGA